UUUGGUGCGGCUGCGCUGGUUGUCGUGGUGCGGCUGCGCAGGUUGUUUUGGUGCGGCUGCGCAGGUUGUUUUGGUGUGGCUGCGCAGGUUGUUUUGGUGCGGCUGCGCUGGUUGUCGUGGUGCGGCUGCGCAGGUUGUCGUGGUGCGGCUGCGCUGGUUGCCUUGGUGCGGCUGCGCUGGUUGUCGUGGUGCGGCGCAAAGAUUCAACAUGGCGGAAGGUGAAGGACCAGUAAACGCGCUCCAGUUAUGCACGAGAUGGUGGGAGGCCUCAGACCAGCGGUCUGCAAUACUCCAGUAUUUGGCGGAGAAGGUCCCCCAAAUUUAUUGCCUGCAGGCUGAACCCCAGCUGGUGAAAGAGGAGGAGCGAGUACAGGAAUGCAUCCUGCAGCCUCUGGAGUACUUCCUGUUUGGGGAGGACCCUAGUGUCGGCCUAGAGAAACUUCAACAAAGAAACGGCAGCUCUUCCUCUCAGCUGUGUGGACGUGUUUUUAAAGAGGGCGAGACGGUCUACUCCUGCAGGGACUGUGCAAUAGACCCCACCUGUGUGCUGUGUAUGGACUGCUUUCAGAACAGUGUACACAAAAGCCACCGCUACAAGAUGCAUGCAUCGUCAGGAGGAGGCUUCUGUGACUGUGGCGAUUUGGAGGCUUGGAAGACCGGCCCCUGUUGCUCCCAACACGACUCCGGCACCGCCAUAGCCAUGGAAACAGAUGAGUGUGUGUUGGAGGCAGCUCUGCAAGAACGUGCUCAGGUGCUGUUCCAGGUUCUGCUGCAGUACAUCACUGACCUGAUGGUGUGGGAGGAAGGGGAUGAGCUCCCAGAGGAGAUGGAACCUAGAUCAAAGGAGAACACAUACUACUGUGUGCUUUACAAUGAUGAGCACCACUCAUACGAUCAUGUGAUCUACACUCUUCAGAGAGCCAUCAACUGUAACUCCACUGAAGCUCAAGCACACACUGUUCUUAUUGACAAGGAGGGUCGCAGAGCUGUCAGAAGAGGAAGCCUGAGAUCUUGUCAACAAGCCAAAGAGCUUAUAAGGACCAGCUCAGAGCAUAUUACCCAGCAGCCCUUGCGAGUGGAGCUCCUGCAUUCAGUGGUCAUGGCUCAUCAAACCUUUGCCCUUAGGCUGGGUACCUGGUUCCAGCAGAUCACUGGCUACUCAGUGGGCUUUAGGCAGGUGUUUUGCCAGGUGGCUCUGGAGCCCAGUGCUGACAGCAGUAAACCUUGUUUAAUCAGCAGACUCAUGUUGCAUGAUGCCAGACUUUACAAAGGAGCUCGCAAGGUUAUCCACGAAUUGAUUUUCUGUAGCCUGCUGAUGGAGACAGAAUACAAGAGGCAGUUUGCCAUGAAAUUCACAGAGCUUUACAAGCAAUUACAGGAAGAUUUCAUCAGAGAUGACCACGAGAGGAACAUCUCCAUUACAGCCUUGUCUGUACAAAUCUUCACUGUACCCACUCUGGCCAGACAGCUGAUUGAAGAGGGCAAUGUAAUAAAGGUGAUUAUCGAAACAGUUAUGGAGAUGCUGAGGGAACAUCUGGAUAGCAACCAACGCUUCCAUUUUCAGGGCUAUAAUUCUGACAAGUUCUUAAGGGUCCAAGUGAUAUUCCAUGACCUCAAGUACAUACUAAUCAGUAAACCCACAGUAUGGACUGACCAGUUAAGAGGAAAGUUCCUGGAAGGUUUCACUGUUUUUCUUGGAUUCCUUAAUUGCAUGCAGGGAAUGGAGGAAGUCAAAAGGCAGGUUGGUCAGCACAUUGAGGUGGAGCCAGAAUGGGAGGCGGGUUUCACCAUUCAGAUCCAGCUUCGCCACAUUCUGUCUAUGUUUCAGGACUGGUGCUCCUCUGAUGAAAGAGUUUUACUGCUAGCCUUUCAGGAAUGCCACCGUGCACUUCAGCGCUGCACCAACCAGCCCUUCCACAGUGAGCCCACUGACCGCUACAUGUGCAAGCACAUCCUCCACACUCGCUCUUACAAAGUCUCUCAAGAACCUGUCUCCAUCCACCUGCCCAUCACCAGACUCCUGGCUGGCUUGUAUGUCCUCUUGUGUCGGACAGGAGCUGUAAAAUACCUCCCUGACUUUGUGGAUCCUAUGGACUUGCCCUUUUUUGCUGAGUUCCCUCUGCGUUGUGUGGUAUUAGCUGCUCAGGUGUCUGCGGAAAUGUGGCGUCGAAAUGGCCUCUCCCUCGUCAGCCAGGUGUACUACUAUCAGGAUGUGAAAUGCAGAGAUGAGAUGUUCGACAAAGACAUCAUCAUGCUUCAGAUUGCUGCUUCCAAAAUGGACCCCAACCACUUUGUCAUGCUAAUUCUACUGAGAUUUGAGCUCUUUGAGGUGUUUAAUGGAAAUUGCUCAAGUAAAGAUCAGGACCUCCAGAAACAGUGGAACAGAUUGACAGAAGAAAUGCUCUACCUGUUGAUUAUCAUCACAGGUGAGCGGUAUGUCCCUGGAGUCAGUAAUGUGACUAAAGAGGAGGUGACAAUGAGGGAAGUGAUUCAUCUGUUGUGUAUAGAACCUAUGGCUCACAGUAGCAUGGUUAAAGCCCUGCCCGAAAAUGAAAAUCAGGAAACUGGGCUUGAAACUGUUAUCUCAAAAGUUGCCACAUUCAAGAAACCAGGAGUUUCUGGUCAUGGUUUAUAUGAAUUGAAGAAGGAAUGUCUUAAGGAGUUUAACCCCUUCUUUUACCAUUACACCAAAUCACAGCACAGCAAGGCUGAAGAUGCACAGAAGAAGAGAAGGGCCCAGGAAGGGAGUGACAAAGCUCUUAGGCCACCAGUACCCCCUCCCUUCACCCAGGCCUUCUCCAGCAUAGUGCGACUGCUCUGCUGUGAUGUGUUUGUCCAUGUGCUGAGGAGAGUGCUGCAGAGGGCAGUUGAGGAGCGUUCUGCUCUUUGGACUGAAGCCAUGAUCCAACGGGCAUUGCAUCUUGUAGGCCAGGCUUUGCUAGAGGAAAAAAAUCAGUUGGAGGCCUGUAGUGUUGAAGAAGUGACAUUUGACUUCAGUCUCAAAGCUCGAAAAGUUGGCUCGGAUCAUGGGAAAUCAUUGUUCCAUUUCCUGUCCAAAAUGAAGUCGCAUCCUUCCCUUGAAGCUCACAACGACAUGAUAAAUUGGACACUACAGAUGUUUGAGAUUGUGAAGUGCCUGCGUGAGAAAUCCAUCCCCUCUGCUUCGUGUGCAGCAGAUCAGACCAAGGCAGAGGAGAGCAUUCAUGACAAAGAAAAAGCAGAGCGGAAAAGGAAGGCUGAGGCCGCUAAGCUUCACAGACAGAAGAUCAUGGCUCAGAUGUCUGCCAUGCAGAAGAACUUUAUUGAAACUCACAAGAUGCUAUAUGACAAUGUGCCUGAGAGUGGGAGUCAGGGCGAGCCAGUGGUCUCAACAGAGAGCAGUGUCAUGGAGCUGGAGAGUCGUGUGGCUGUGGGGCCUAAGCAGGGAGUGUGUCCUGCUGACUGGGAAACUCUCACUUGCAUUCUGUGUCAAGAGGAACAGGAGGUGCAGGCUCAGGCCCCAGCCAUGGUGCUUACUGCCUGUGUUCAGAGAUCUACAGUUCUCACCCAGUGCAGGGGCAAAACCCUCACCCCAAAGGAAAGCUCCUACCCCUUGUUCGUGCCCCCAGAUCUAGCUGUGGGCACACACACUGGGAGCUGUGGCCACGUCAUGCAUGCCACCUGUUGGCAAAAGUAUUUUGAGGCGGUACAGAACACCACUAGGAACCGGCUGCAUGCUGAGCUGAUUAUAGACCUGGAGAAUGGAGAGUACAUGUGCCCGCUCUGCAAGUCUCUCUGUAACACUGUGGUGCCCCUUGUUCCCAUGGAGCCCAGCAAACUGAACUAUGAGAGUGCUGAGAUGAUUGGUCAGUUCCUCACUCUUCCUCGUUGGAUACAAAUAGUGCUCGCUCGGAUCAAGGGACUCAGAGUCCUUCAAGGAGCUGAAAAUACAUCUGAGACAGGGAAAGAGGAAACUGGGUUGUUUUUGGAGGACACACAGACUGACUUCAGGUCAAUCCUCAGCUUUGGAGUUCAGCCACCGCCAAAAUACUCAAGCAGUAUAAUGGAAAUGCUGGUAGUGUGUGCCACUACAGUGCACAGGGUGGGUCUGCAGACAGCACCCAAUGAGCUGUGCCCUUACGUGCCUGUCAUGACCUGGAACACUUGUGCCUACACCAUCCAGGCUACAGAAAACAUGCUACAGGAAGAGGGAAAAGCUCUGUUUGGAUCUCUGCAGAACAGACAGCUGGCUGGUCUCAAAGCACUGGUACAGUUCUCCGCUAUUCAGCGAAUGAAGAGCUCUCAUAGUGUCAUACAGAAGCAUUUUACAGAAAUGCUAGCAGUAUUGUUACCUGUGUCUAAUGCAGAAGGCACACCCACAAUAUUAGAAGUAGAUUUCUUUAAUCUCUUGGUGGGGCUAGUUCUGUCUAUACCUGUGUUGUACCAAGAGGAGAAUGUUGACCUGCAGCCUUCAGCAAUCAGUACUGCUUAUAAUCAACAACACCUAGUGCACCUUGUCACCAUGGCCCACAUAGUGCAGGUCCUACUAUCAUCACAAGACUUGAAUGCAGGAGCAGUAGGAGGAGGAGACGCAGAGGAGGUCAGAGCAGCAGCAGCCCUGUAUUCUACUGUAUCACAACACACUGAGGGGCUGAAGUCUGGUGUAUCUGCUUCCAUGACUGUAGACACAGUGAAGAGAGGUGUUCUACCCUUUCUCCGCUGUGCUGCACUUUUCUUUCAUUGCCUUACAGGAGUGCCUGCUCCAGAAGAGCUGUCGAAUGCUGCAGUGUCCAGUGAGAGUCAGUUGUCCCUUCUGUGUAGUUACCUCGCGCUGCCCUGCAACCUGUUUCAGCUCUUCCAGGACCACCAGGACACUGCAACAUCCCUAAUACAGAGGUGGUGUGGGAAUAAAGCUAUAUCAGACACCCUGAAGGGAGAAAUGCACAUCAUCAGGUAUCCACGGACGAGAAACAGGUUAAUAGAUCUUCCUGAGGACUACAGUGUGCUGCUUAACCAGGCCAGCCAUUUUAAGUGUCCAAACUCAUCGGAUGAUGAGCGGAAGCAUCCGACGCUGUGUCUGUUCUGUGGGGUCAUGCUGUGCUCUCAGAACCCGUGCUGUCAGGUGCCGCUGAAUGGCGAAGGGGUGGGAGCUUGCACAGCCCAUGCUGCCACGUGUGGAGCUGGAGUAGGCAUGUUCCUCAGGGUGAGAGAGUGUGAGAUUGUACUGAUGGCCAGCAGGACACGUGGAAGCACAUAUCCAGCUCCUUACCUCGAUGAAUAUGGGGAAACAGACCCUCAGCUAAACCGUGGCAAUCCGCUGCAUCUGUGUCCUGAGCGCUACAGGAAGCUGAACCAGCUGUGGCAGCAACACUGCAUCCUUGAGGAGAUCGCCCGUAGUCUGGAGGUGCUCAAUGUUAUGUUCGCUUUUGAGUGGCAGAUGCUCUGAGCUCAGGAGGAGGACACACUCUCACACAAUCUUUCAAAUGUCCUCUGGGUGCUUUUGCCAAAUAAAGUUUCCUCUUUCAGCAUUUAAAAUAGAAGUGUCUGGACAGAAAAUAGAAGCAGCACAGGAUAAUCAGAAGGGCUGUUUGCUUUUUUUAAUCUCGUUUUUCAGUUAAUUUCAGCUUUGCAUCCAGAAGCUUAUUACUGUGAAGUGGGCAAAAGACACACGCCGAUGUAUGUUUCUCGUACAGCUCCAGCUGUUUCCAUGAUUAGGGGAUCUGUUCUGUUGUUUACGUGUGUCAACAGUUGAAAAAAGUGAGACAGCUUUCUAUUGUCUUACUUGUGUAUGCACUUUUUUGCAGAAAAUGCUUCCUGUUCCUUUGUGUAAUUGCUCACCCAGUUAUCAUCCUCCGCAGCUAUGGACUUGUCACCUUUUCUGUGUACUCUGAAAAAUUUUUCUCUGAAAAAUGGCAUCACUGAUUAUAUAUAUAUAUAUAUAUAUAUAUAUAUAUAUAUAUAUAUAUAAUCAGUGAUGCCAUCUUCAGUACUGAAUAUAGUAUACUUAAUGUAAACGUAUGUACAUUUGGCAAGUUAUUUUGCCAAUUUAAUUGUUUACUUCUGGUACAGUAGUGUAAGCUAUGUUUUUCCACAUAUAACACACAAAUCUGUACAUAAAACAUUAAUAAUGAUGAAAUUAUAUUUUACUAUAAAAAUACAGCAAACAAAUAAGGGAAAAUUUGCUCUACAAAAACAGUUCCAAGUUGAUAAUCAUGAGCCCAAAAAAAGCAAAUACAGGUAACUACUAUCUACUUGGUUCCUACAGUAUAUAUGAAUUUAAUUAUGUACCGUUUUAAUAAGUGAUGGUCAAAUUCAUGGUUGUGUUAAACUCUUUCACUACUUAUCAUAUUUUCACAUCAGUUAUUUCAGAAGAAUUAAGGAUGAAAUUAUUAAUGGUUUAAUUUUGCAGUUGCUCGUCUGCAUUGCUUGACAGUGCUGAAAAUCAUUUUCCUGGCUAAAUAAAAUACUGUUAUGAAAA